UUAUGCGGUAGACAGACCGGCGGACCCCAGUGCGAGCCAGGCCACCGUAGCGCGCGCCCGCGUAGCCUCGUAGCCGCGUAGCAGCUCUCGUAGCCGCGUAGCAGCUACGAACUCGUAGCGGGCCUACUAAAUGCCCAACUGACUCGGAUUUUGUGUCCUGUGAAUUAUUUAUUAGUGUUUCAGUUUGAUUCAUAUUUGAGACAGAUUAUUUGAGAAACGAUUUUUGGAGUAUUGUUCCCGUAAUUAAUCUAACAGCAGAAAAUAUAUGCAAAGGACAGAUGCAGUUAUAUUUACACAGUAUAAGGCGGCGAUAGUGUCCAAAAGUGUACAUUAAUGUGAUGGUAGUGAUAAGUGCAGUGCUCGGUAGGACACAAUGGGAAGGCGGCGGCGGGUAGGCAGACUUCGCGCCACCCUGUAUAUGCUACAUUGAACUGGAAUACCAACAACAAAAAAUGUCGGCAGCCGGGUCAGCGGUCGCCAUGAUCGGCGCGAACCUGCGCUUCGGGUCAUCGGGCGCUUCCAACUCGUCCCUUCUCAACAACACCAAGUUGUGUCCGCCAGGGGGCGCGGCCAGCGCGGCGGCGCUGCUGGCGCUGUCGGGACUCGGCAUGAGCGCCAACCUCGCGCUCAUGACGGUCAUACUCAGCAAGAAGCAGCUGAGGAGGUGGUCCCACGGGCUGCUGUUCCACCAGGCGGUGGUGGACUGCGCGCGCGCCGCCAUCCUCCUGCCGCUCGGCAUCGCCGUGCUCAAGUGCGUGCCGGUGUACAAGUGUUCGCUCGUCGAGACCGCCUUCUUGCUGUUGGUGACGGUGUCGACGGUGAACAUGCUGACGACGGUGCUAAACGACAGCCCCAUCUUCCCGGAGAACGAGGAGGAGCAGGCCGACCUGUCCGCGCCGCUUCUCAUGGACAGCCCUCAGUGCGUGCUAUUCGGAACGUUCAUGAUAUGGUUUGCAUCGAUCACUAUAAACCUGGGGCCGACGUUUUUAUCCGGAGCUUUAGCGGCGAGCGCCGGGUCGUACGGUUCAUACGGGCCGGCGCCGUCGUGCCCGCUGGUGCGCGGACCGUAUCGCCACUAUGUACUCAACGCGCUGUGGAUUGGCGUCAACGCCGUGUGCGUCGGACUCACACUGUUCCACCUGAAGAAGCUACACCGGGACCUCACCAAGGCUAACGUAGAGGCGGUGAGGGUGGCGGGUCUUGUGACCACGCUGGUGAGCAUGGCGGGCGACCGCCGCAUGGACGCCCUGCCCAACAGCAUCGGGCCCCGGACUGUAGAUGGCCAGUUGGACGGGCAGUGCCGCAGUAGUGCCAACCUGCCGCUGGGCGGCGGGCGGCGCCUGCGCGGGUACCUGGCGCGCAUGGAGCGCGAGGGCGUGCGAAGAGUCCGCAUGUUCGUGGUCAUCACCACCGCGUAUAUCUUAUUCUGGGGACCGCUGUUCCUCGUCACGCUGUUCCACCAUCCCUCGCUGACUUCGCAUAUAGCUUAUGAGAUGUACUUCCAGAUCUCGCUCCACAUCUCGUACGUGCACGCGGCGGUGAACCCGCUGCUGUUCCUGGCGCUGCACCGCGCGCUGCGCCGCGCCGCGCUGCAGCUGUGCUGCGGCUGCUGCGUGCACUGGAGCCAGUUCGUGCUGGCCCUUACUGCUGCAGCGCAAUCCCCCCUCGCCCCGCAAUCGUUCAGCCCGGCGGCCGCGUCGCCGGAGCCCCCGCCGGCGCCGCCGCCCCCCGCGCCCCUCGCCCCGCCCGCCCCGCCCGCACCGCACACGAUGAUGGGAGACGAGGAUAUGAUGGAGGAGAUGUGGAGCGCCAGCGUCCGCCGCGCCGCGCGCUCCCCGUCCCCGCUGCUGCCCCCACCGUGAGCCCGGCCCCCGGGGGCGUCCCCCGACGCUGAGGCCCCCGCAGCCCCCGGCCCCGCGAGCCCCCAACACGAAGCCACAUAUCCAACCACCGCCCAGUACGGCCGCUACUAAUCUUAUCGUCCACAUUCAACGUUUUUUGUCUACUCGGUGUUGUACUCUAAGAUAUUAUGUCAAACAGGUAUCUUGUCUAGAUUUGUGUAGGUAUACGUGUAGUCAUAUGAAAUUUAUUAUACGCUAAGUUGUGUCUUCGAAUUAAUAGAGAACGUAGGAGAUAGAUUAAGUGUAAUUGUUAAAUGGAAAAUGUAAAGAGUAAUAAUUAAAUGACCAUUUUUAAAAUGAGGAUUAAACUACGUUUUAGAGAAUUAUCAAAUAAAAUAUGGUACAGACGCCAAUACUAUAAAUUAAACUAAAAAUAUGUGUAUUAAAUAAGAACUAUAAAAUGUGUUAAGAUAUUAAGAAAUCAAGAGCAAUUUUAUCACUGUUUUAUGUCCUAAGAAAGUAACUAUCUACAAUUCUACCUAAGUAGAUUAAAUGUUUUAGAAAUUAUUUUGGAAAUAUGGUGAGAUAUAACUACUUAUUCAAAAACACUUAUAGAAAAAAUGCACGUUAAUAUAAAUAAUACAAAUAUUACUAUAUACUGAAGAUUCAUAAUGUACCUACCUACUUGACUUCAAUUAAUCAAAACAACUUUAAUUAAAAUCUUGAAAAAAUAUGGUCGAAACUCGAAGUUAAAAAACUGAUUUACUUUGUAUUUUUCUUUACGUAAAGGGCUUAUAAAAGAGGUGCGUAAAUCGGCCGACAAUCAAACAACUCAUACUUAAGUAAUACCUAGCGUUAAUGUCUAGCACCAGUUUACUCUUAUGGACCUGGAAAUAAAUGUCAAAAAUAUCUAUAAAGAAAGUUUCACAGAUUAAAAGUAUAUAAGUAAUAAUAAACAGAGAUAUAUUUUUAUGUAGAUAAUCCUCACAACAGUUACAAGAGUUAGAGUUACACACAUUAGGUUUUAAAUAAUUUGUAAUUAGGUAUUUAUAAUUAAUGUGGGUGAUUUUGAAACUAAUUCUUUGUUAAUGUUUUAAGGGAUGGUCCCCUACCUUUUUUGAAAUAACUUUAUAAAUGUUACUUCUCUGUGUUGUUCAGAUUAAUUAAUUUAUUAUAAUUAAAAUAUUUAAUUUAAUAUAUUAUGUACUUUGUUAUUAUAUUACACAUAAAGACUGAUUCUGUUAUGGGACAUUUAUUGCACAUGUAUUUAUAUGUUGUCUUGCCCGCUUCAGUAUUCAUUUAUACAUUUGUUCCUAUGAAAUAAAACUAUGUACUUAGCUAAAUCUAUGAAAUCUUAUGACUAUGAAGUAGUUAUUUAAAUUGAAUAAAAUUGACAUAUUUAAGACGUACUUACUUAUUAUAUAUUUACAAACUUUUAAAAUUACAUCUAAUAUGAAAGGCAAUUAAGUUUGUUUGUUGUUUUGAAAUUAAUGUGCCAAAUAUUUUUAUUUUCGUAGUAUCAAAAGAUUUCAGAAUCAUUUACAAUUUUUUAUAGCUAUGAUUGUAUUGAUACUGUAAAUUUAAUAAAAAUAUAGAUAGUUAUAUGUACUAACUUAACUAUAAAUUUAAUCGUGAAUUUAAAGUAAUGAAAGUAACAAGCCAAAUUAUAA